GACAGGCAGACAUCAAAAACUUCUCCUACACCUCAGGGAGAGUCCACGACCUAUUUUCCCGUUAAAUAAAUCCCUCCCGUGUUUUAUUUUCCCGUUAAAGCCUUGAUUACCCGGAAUAGUCGGGUCUUUUUUUCUUUCAAAUCCUUCCUUUUUUUGGUUUCUCUAGAAAGACAGGAAGAAAACCCAGCAAACUCUUCAAUAAUCAUCAUCCCUUCCUUUCUCUCUGCAUAUCUCUCACCAGGAAGAUCUGUUUUGUGGGUUCUGUCCGAACGAAACUGUGCUUUUCUUUCCUGGUCCCUCUCGUGGUUUCUUUUUAUCUAGUGAUUGAAAAGCUUAAAACUUUCUUUGUUUUCCUAUAAGAAAUUUGGGUUUUUAAAUUAUUUAUUUGGCUGAAGUUCUAAGUUUUUUUUUUUUAUUAUUUAUGAAUGAAUGACACAAAGCGGUCUUCCAUUUCCCCACUACUCAUCCCGUCAUCCGAAGCCUAUUCAAUUUAAGCUUCAAAAUUGACCAUUUCUUUAUGUUUCCAAGCCAUUUGUGGCCUUUUCACAUUUGAUAAAAGCAAAAGAGAAAAACAGAGCCUCCUCCUUCCUACCUCUGUCACCACUUCUCUGGUUAUCUUUGCUUUGUUGAUCUAUCAAACAAAUAAAUAUAUAUAUAAAAAAUGUACCAUACACAUAGCAAAAGAGAAUUUUCCAUAGGAUUCCAACCUCAAAUGCAAAUAUUGCGGCCAAGCAUCCAUUCAAGAAGGGCAAACUUAAUGGUCAAAUUCCAAGACCUUUAUGGGUUCGCUGUGGAGGGCAAUGUCGAUGAUGUUAAUAUAUUGAAUGAGGUUAGAGAGAAAGUGAGGCAACAGGGGAGGGUUUGGUGGGCUUUGGAAGCUAGUAAAGGUGCUAAUUGGUAUCUGCUGCCACAUGUUUCUUCAUUAACUGAAGGAAUUGCACUCAAAUCUUCUCUCAAAUUGUCAACUUUAACCAAUGCAAUCACUUUGAAGAGGCUUAUAAGGAAGGGGAUACCCCCUGUGCUUAGGCCUAAGGUUUGGUUUUCGCUCUCUGGUGCUGCAAAGAAGAAGUCUACGGUGCCUGAGAGUUACUACAAUGAUUUGACUAAGGCUGUUGAAGGGAAGGUUACAGCAGCUACAAAGCAGAUUGAUCAUGACCUGCCACGGACCUUUCCUGGUCAUCCAUGGUUGGACACUCAAGAGGGCCAUGCUACACUCCGACGAGUUCUUGUUGGAUAUUCUUUUCGUGAUUCAGAUGUUGGCUAUUGCCAGGGCUUAAAUUAUGUCGCAGCACUGUUGUUACUUGUGAUGAAAACAGAGGAAGAUGCUUUUUGGAUGCUGGCAGUUCUUCUGGAGAAUGUCUUAGUGAAUGACUGCUACACAAAUAAUUUGUCAGGGUGCCAUGUUGAACAAAGAGUUUUCCAGGAUUUGCUUGUUAAAAAGUGCCCAAGAAUAGCUGCUCAUUUGGAAGAACUAGAGUUUGAUGUCUCCCUUGUUGCCACUGAAUGGUUCCUAUGCCUCUUCUCUAAGAGCUUGCCUUCAGAGACAACUCUGCGGGUGUGGGACGUCCUCUUCUAUGAGGGGGCAAAGGUUCUGUUUCAUGUAGCUUUGGCUAUUUUCAAGAUGAAGGAAGAGGAGUUGCUUCUAACUCACCAUGUUGGUGAUGUUAUUAACAUAUUACAGAAAACAACACAUCACCUCUUUGAUCCUGAUGAACUAUUGACGGUGGCAUUUGAUAAGAUAGGUUCUAUGACAACCAACACUAUAUCAAAGGAAAGGAAGAAGCAGGAACCAGCGGUAAUGGCAGAGCUGGAUCAAAGAUUGAGAAGACUAAACUCAGUCAAAAUGGAUGAUGACAAAUAGCACUGCUUUUACCAACUUGAUCUGAAUCGGUGUAUAUAGAACACAAUCCUAGAAGAGGUGUUUGUUGCCCCCGAGGAGAAUAUUUUAUGAAUUCCACCUUCUCUCUGCAAGGGAAGGACAGUAAAGAGAGUGUAUUGUUUGCAAGCAAGGAUGUUGUUGAAGGUGGCUGGAUGUAAAUUUGGGCUUGUUUUGACGCAAGCAUUUAAAUCAAAUGCAAGCCACACAUUGCUGGCUUUCUUACCGCCCAGCAAUUUUGAGUUCUCA